CCGCUUGGUAUCAUAGAAAUUGUGAUGUAAUACAACAGCGCCAGCGAGCCCGUCAGCACGUUGACCUGUUUUUCUUCCGCAUGAGCCCCUGGACGAUGCAGCUCUCUGCGCUGAGCCCUCGGUGAUCCAGAUCGCGUUGAGCCUGACCAUGUAUUCCAAUCUGUAUGAUACUGCCAUUUAGCUGCCGGUUGCUUAAAUCACUGUGCUUGCUUCACUCUGUAUGGUCCAAAAACACAAGGAGAGCAAAAAAGCAAAGUUCUUGCCGGGUCUCUGUGCUCUGCUUCCAAUCCCGCGCCCCACCCCUGCUCGAGUCGUUCGGCACCAGCCCGACGAGAAGCGUGACCUGCGCAUCCAGAACAGGUCCACCGAGUGGGACCAUGGAUUGCCAAAGGCGACCGACCGCCGCGUGAAAGACGUUUGCACAGAGCCUCGGUCUACUCAAAACGUCCCAGGCUCAUGUGUAUGAAAAUGAUGCAAGCAGCCCGAGUAGAUGCAUUGCGACUGGGCUGCGGUCGGCGCAGUCCAGCAAGCCGCGAAGUCCUUGGUGAAUUGGGGGAUCG